AUGCCUUCCACAAACAACAAAGACAAGCCUUGGGACUUGGACGACAUCGACAAAUGGAAGGUCGAACCUUUCACAGCUAAAGACAACGUCGGCGGUCCAUUUGCCGAGGAAUCAAGCUUCAUGACACUCUUCCCACGCUACAGAGAGUCUUAUUUGAAGGAGGUAUGGCCUCUGAUUACUCGAGCACUUGAGAAGCUCGGUAUUGCUUGCAGUCUAGACCUUAUAGAAGGUGCCAUGACGGUUAAGACAACUUUGCGUACGGCUGAUCCUUCUGCAAUUCUUAAGGCCAGGGACUUGAUCAAACUGCUGGCAAGAAGCGUCCCUGCACCUCAAGCUAUCAAGAUUCUCGAGGAUGGUAUUGCCUGCGAUGUCAUCAAGAUUCGUUCCUUGGUGGGUAGUAAAGAACGCUUUGUAAAACGCCGCCAGCGACUCCUUGGGCAUAACGGUACAACUCUCAAGGCCCUUGAACUUUUAACAAAAACCUAUAUUCUCGUCCAUGGAAACACAGUAUCAGCCAUGGGUCCCUACAAGGGACUGAAGGAGAUUCGACGAGUCGUGGAGGACUGUAUGGCUAACAUUCACCCCAUCUACCACAUCAAGGAAGCUAUGAUAAAGCAAGAGCUUGCAAAGGAUCCUGAACUUGCUAACGAGAGCUGGGAUCGCUUCCUGCCCAACUUCAAGAAAAAGACACUCAGCCAGCGACGUGUGCCUCAUAAGGUCAACGACAAGGCCAAGAAGGUCUACACACCAUUCCCUCCAGCUCCUGAGAAGAGCAAAGUCGACAAACAGAUCGAGUCUGGCGAGUACUUUUUGGGCAAGGUCGGCAAGGAGCGUGCUGCUCAGGAGGAGCGCAGGGAGAAGCAGAACAAGCGAAAGGAGGAGAAGAUCAAGGAGCGCGAGGCCGACUUUGUUCCACCAGAGGAGAGUCGUCCCAAGAAGAAGCGUAAGAAGACGGAAGAGUAA